AUGGAAAAAGAUUCUAAAGUUAUAGAAAAAGAGGGAAAUAAAGGUUUUACAAAAUCAAUAAUUAGUACUGUAAAAAAUAUUAAACUUGGUUAUGGUAUGGACAUUUAUCAAAUGUCGACACCUGCAUCAUUAAUUGCACCAUAUUCUUCACUUACAUAUAUUAGUGAUAGUUUUUCAAAGAAUUUUGAAAUUUUAAUAAAAGCAAAUUCAAUUGAAAAUGAUUUAGAUAGAUUAUUAGAAAUAUUUAAAUAUAUAACAACAAUAUUUAUUAUUAAUAAUAAUGCAUGUGGUAAACCAAUUGUACCAAUUGUUGGUGAAACACAAAGAUUUAAAUUCUCAAAUAAAGAUGAAGAUGGUAAUGAGUUUAAUGAUAGUUUUCAUUGUGCAGAACAUGUUCAAAAUAGUCCAUUUCCAUUAUCAGUUUCAUCAACAGUUAAUGAAAAAGAAGGAAUUGAAUUAUGUUAUAACUAUGCUGCCAAAAUUUUAUUCAUGGCUACUUACUUUAGAAUUAAUAUAGAUGAAGCUGAAACUUUUAUUAAAUUUAAUAAAUUUAAUGAAACUUAUAAUAUAAUUUUACCAACAUUAUAUACAAGAAUUUUUAGAGGUUUUUCAGAAUACUCUGGUAAAUUGAAAAUUGAACCUACCAAAUCAAAUUAUUACAUAGAUGCUAAUUUUCAAAGUAAGCCAUUAAUCGGUGGCAAAUAUAACUAUUUCGAAGCAUAUGUUUCCAAGAAAGAUACUGAUGAAAAAAUUUAUAAAAUUUUUGGUCAAUGGGAUAAGGAACAACAAAUAUUAGAUUUUGAAAAUUAUCAAACUGAUUUCUUUUUUAAAAGACCUCAACAGUUUUAUGAAAAACAAUUACCAAAUGAAAUUUUACCAACUGAUUCAUCAGUGGUUUGGAAAGGUUUAAUUGAUGCUCAUAAUUGUGGUAAUAAUAAAUUAAAAUUAAAAGAAAAAACAAAAGUUGACGAAGAUCAAAAAUUAAUUGAAAAUCAAAGAAAAAAAGAAAACAUUAAUUUUAAACCAAAAUUUUUUAUUAAAAAUAAAGAAACUGAUAAAUGGGAAUUAGAUAAAUUUAAUAAAUAUUAA